UCCCCCCAGGCCGGGAGGCCAGGGUGUGCCCUAGAGAUCCCCACCAGAGACUUCGUGAACUCUCCCGCAGCCACUCCCUCUGGUAUAAGGGCCACCUGCAGCCGGCCACCGCCCCACAGUCCCUCACUUCUGUCAGGACAAGCUGUCAGCUCAGACCCUCAAGAUGGCAUUUGUCCCAGCACCAGGCUACCAGCCCACCUACAACCCGACUCUGCCCUACAAGAGGCCCAUCCCAGGUGGCCUCAAUGUUGGAAUGUCCGUUUACGUCCAAGGAGUAGCCAAAGAGAACAUGAAACGGUUCCGCGUGGACUUCACCAUGGGGCAGGAUGAGGGGGCAGACAUCGCCUUCCACUUCAAUCCCCGCUUUGACGGCUGGGACAAGGUGGUCUUCAACACGAAGCAGAACGGACAAUGGGGCAAAGAGGAGAAGAAGAUGAGCAUGCCUUUCUCGAGGGGCAGACACUUCGAGCUGGUGUUCAUGGUCAUGUCUGACUACUACAAGGUCGUGGUAAAUGGAAAUCCCUUCUAUGAAUAUCGGCACCGGCUGCCGCUACAGAUGGUCAACCAUCUGCAUGUGGAUGGAGACUUGGAACUCCAGUCAAUCAACUUCCUGGGAGGCCAAUCUGCCCCAGCCCCGUAUCCGGGACAUAUGGCUAGCCCACCUCAACCUGGUCCUGGGCACUACCCUCCACAGAUGAGCAGCCUGCCCGUCAUGGCGGGACCCCCAACCUUCAAUCCGCCUGUGCCAUAUGUGGGGACCCUGCAUGGGGGGCUUAUAGCCCGAAGGACCAUCAUCGUCAAGGGUUAUAUACUUCCCACAGCCAAGAACUUUAUCAUCAACUUCAAGGUGGGGUCGUCCGGGGACAUAGCUCUCCACAUCAACCCUCGCAUGGGUGAGGGCGUGGUUCGCAACAGCUUUAUGAAUGGUUCCUGGGGCUCCGAGGAGAGGAAGAUCAGCUACAACCCAUUUGGCCCUGGGCAGUUCUUUGAUCUGUCAAUCCGCUGCGGCACCGAUCGAUUCAAAGUGUUCGCCAACGGCCAGCACCUUUUUGACUACUCACAUCGGUUCCAAGCGUUCCAGAGGAUAGACAUGCUGGAGAUCAAAGGUGACAUCACCUUGUCCUAUGUCCAGAUCUGAGCUCCUCCUGGGGAAGACGAAAGACCCCCCAGUUCUGUCUAAGCCCUAAUAAAACGUCUAAGGGGUCUCUGUGUGA